ACUUUCGAGUGCGCGCGUGUCAGUGUGUGUGUGCGCGCGCACUAAACGCAGAAUGGUAUCUUGGUAACGGGAGGCGUGCAUCUUCCGUCACUCCCGAGAGCUCGGCUUUAUCAUACGGAGACUAGUAUAUGACGUGGUCAGAUGAGCUCGGCUCAGCCCUGCUCAGGGAUCUUUCUCGUUACAAGGAGUGUCCCUCACCACCCCCUCCUCUUCACCAAGAGACAGUCCCUCCACCUCCUCGCCCGCCUGACAAGCCAAGCCUGCGCCCACCGCCCUGAGGGACAAGAUUGGGACCGAGUCUACAGUGUGUGAACUGGGUGCCUUUGAACGCGCACACGUUUAUGAGUGCUGCUUCUAUUGCUUAUUUUGCAUCGCUCCAGAUAGUAACAAAUGCAUUAACAUAGAAGGUGGUAGAAACAUUCUCGAGAAAAGCCACGGGAUAGUCAUCUUCGCUCUUCAGAUUUAUAGCCUUUUGUGAAGAUGCAAAUCCCUUCCUUCAGUGCUGUCCAUCUUUCUGUGCCAUGGAUCCUGGCUAUUAGAUGCUGAUGCGAGCCUGAGUACAGCUCCCUCUGUUUCUACCAAGUGAUAUUGCUCCGAUUCCUUAAUGAGUUCCAGGAGUCAAACCUACUUCCUGCAUCACCGGGGCUCUGCAAUGCCCACUCCUGUUCCUAGACUGGUACCUGAAUCAGGGGUGCUCAGUGGUAUUGCCCAGAUUACACCAUCUCUUUUUCUCAGCCGAGGCAAUGUGGCAUCCAAUCGAAGCUUGCUUCUAGCGAAAGGCAUCACCUGUGUGGUUAAUGCCACCAUAGAGCUGCCAAACUUCAACUGGCCCCAUGUAGAAUAUGUUAAGGUACCACUGGCUGACAUGCCUCACUCACCCAUUUCGCUCUAUUUUGACAGUGUGGCUGACAAGAUCCACAGUGUGGGCCGGAAGCGGGGAGCAGUGCUUGUCCACUGUGCAGCUGGAGUCAGCCGCUCGGCCUCCUUGUGCUUAGCAUAUCUCAUGAAGUACCACCGUGUCUCACUGGCAGAGGCUCAUGCCUGGGUGAAGUCUCGUCGACCUGUCAUUCGUCCCAAUGCAGGCUUCUGGAGGCAGCUUAUUGAAUAUGAGCGGAAGCUCUUCGGCAGGACCAGUGUCAAAAUGGUACAGACUCCAUAUGGAGUAAUUCCAGAUGUCUAUGAGAAAGAGCGUCGCAACCUGACUCCAUACUGGGGCAUCUAGGUGGGCACAAACAACUACUUAGCACUCCAAAAUGUGUGUCCAUUUAUAGUUUUAAGAUGUACAUAAGUGCAGCCACUGUAGUUAAGGGUUUCCAAGCGCUCUCUACUGUGUGCACAAGCUGGAAAGAACUGUCCAUGUCAGUCCAAUUGUCAGUUCCUAAUCAAAAAACCGGGUUAAGCAGAGGGCAGUGGCUCUGACAUGCCAAGGGUUAUCUUGAGCCAUACUCGUCCAAGAAGAGCUAGGUCAGUGUGCUAAGCAGUAUGUGGAAAAAGGAGACCAGUCAUUCCACUUGAAGGAUGUAUACGUUUGUCCAGCAUGGUUUUGUGCAUUUGUGUCUGCAUUUUACUCAGUUUGUGGACCAUUCCAUAACGGGAGGCUGCUUUGCUUUGGGGGCAUCAUAUCGAUCCUAGGUAGAAGUUUAACUAUAUCUCUUGUGCUUCUUUGAAAUCCUGAUCAGUAAGAAUUUGAACAGUGGCUCUGGAGAGAUGCCACACAGGGUCAAACACAUGUAUGCAACUGAAAAUGAAAUGGCGUCCAGCACUAACGCUUGACUGACAAACAUGGGACAUCUGCUGAGGAAACCUGUCCAAACGUCUGUAAGCAGAGACUGUGGCCUCAUUCUGUUCAGGGAGAAGACAUUUGUCACUUUGCGCUCUCUUCUUUGUUUUGGCUGGUAGACAAGUCAGUUUAAUGAGGUGUUGUGUGGGAAGAAUCACACUGGAGUUCUCAAGUGUCACCUCAGUAGGGAGGGUAAUGGAAGCUGCUGUGACUGGAACAAGGUGUCUGUGAAAAUGGGAACCUUUAAACAAGUCUGGUGGGCAAACACGUUUUAUAUGAGCAGACACAUUCGUGCCAGGCUGCUAAGGUUUUUAGGUUUUAUUUUUCUAAAGAUGUCCUUUUAAAUUUUAUACAUCAUCAUCUAGACACAGAUGUAAACGGACGGUGUGAAGCUCCACAUUCUCAUUCUGCACAGCCCUUCUUGUCCUCACCCCAUUCCAGAUUCUCAAUUGGACUGGUCGGCUAGGUGAAGCAGACUUCACGCGAUUAUCAAAUAUUAUCUUCUCCAUAUUGUAUUCAAUGUCCUGUAGUGUUGUUUGGUGACGUCUUUUACAAAGUCCUUAAGCGUACCCACGAAUGAAAUAGCUGGGGUGACGAUGCCUUCAGCUUGUCUUCUGAGCAGCUCUGCCACAUGGCUGGCAUCAAGCACACUAUCUUUUUCUCUUCCAUGUUUUCCUUAUGGGGUACCAUGUCACAAUGUGCCUCAAAAUCAAGAAUGUCCCGGUCCCUGGCCUUUGGCUCACAGCAUCUCUCACCAUCCCAGUAAUUUUUUUUUACCAAUACAAACUUAAUCAAAAAUGUUGCAGCUAUGGGGUGCAGAUAUUAUUAAGUCCACUUCUCUUUGGGCACACUUAGGCCAGAUAUCUCUGAGGUAUAUUAAAGAAUUAGUCAAAAAUGUUGAUCAUGAACACAAUAAUCGUCUCUCUACAUUUAAUGUCAUACUGGGUCACUGGACAUGUAGGAUUAGAAAUUGUAUAUUUACUAAAAUGAGAAGAAUUUAAGUAUUUUAAGAUGCCCGUCUCUGGAAUAAUCUCAAGCAUUUAUCGGGAGCUUGAUAGAAAUCAAUCUGAAAAGUGUUAACUACCUAGAAAUGAAAGUUGGACAACAGCUUGGACUUUCAAGGAUUAAACAUACAGGUAAACAUGGACGUAACCUUUGUCCCAGGGGCCAGCUGUGGCCGUGGCUUACAAUCUUUUUUCUCCACAAACAUAAUAAGCUUCUUACCCUGGCAUUCAGCGUAUGUGGGCACAAUGCCGGGGCCAGCAGACGAUGACCUGGUCAGACCUUUACACAGCCGAAUGCCAUCCAUUACCAAUACCAAGCAUCAUAGUAAUAACGAAAAAGACGAAUCAUCCAAGAUUGCUGUAACUUAUUAGCCUGCAGUUAAGCACAAGUUAAUAAAAACGGUGGAAUUAAACUGACAGACCUCUGGGAUCAAAUACACAUUUUUUACAAAGGGAACAGGGUACAGUCCACCGAAGAAUUCUUACAAUUGAUGCUGAAAGCUUUUUUGCUCCAUAUUUUGUUUUAGAGAAACAAAUUGCAUAUUUUUGCAUCUUUGAAAACUACAGUAGAGAGCAUUAUAAUGCAUAGCAGGGUCCUAUAUUAGUGCUUUAUUAACAAGUAGGGAACUUGUCUCCUUAUGUCCAGGUUUAGUCCUAAUGCUAAACAAACAACGAAUGGCCCUCUGCGGUCAGACAGCCAAGGACCACAAAUGGCUCGGCACUAAAGUUUGGGUUUUUUUUUUGUACUGUACUGGAUUUCCACUGUGCAGAAGAACCAGUUUAGGUGUGGACUCUCAUCUUUUUUAUAAAAAAAACAUAUAUAUAUAUCACAGUAUGUAGCAGUUAUAGGCUGUAAGGCAAAGGUUAUUCUGAGAUGAAAUAUAUAACCGAUAUAAUUAUUUGUGAAUAUUUAUUUACCAGCAUACCAUGCUCCUUUAGAGAGCUCGUGAGUUGUUCACACAUCUGCUUUUGAAAUGUAAGCUGUCAGGACAAAAUGGACAAUCUGUGGUGUGUAUCCAAGAUGUGAAUCAUGACACCUCUUCAAACUGAAAUGUGGGCCUUGGUCCACAGAUGAAUUAUGGUUUAACUUCAUAGUGCUGAAGAAGUGAGGCACAAUAAAACUAAUGAUGCAAAA